GAUUUCUCCAUUACCCAGCACCCUAGCAGUAUAAUUAAUUUUAUUGCUGCCUUUCAAUCUGGACAGUUGCACUUGAAGAAACCGCGCCAUUUUGCGACGUAGAAGGUGCUGCGGCAGGGGCAGCAAUCGCAUGUCGAUGUGGAUUCUCUACGGGUGUUUCAUCGUGACUUUCUUCUACCUGCUGGCUGUCACAAACCUAUUCGAAACGAAUAAAAGCAUCCACGACUUCAUCAAGUCGUCCCGCGUCAAAUACGCUCGAUAUCGGGAAGAAGCAGCCGCUUUGAAGAGUCGGAAACAAAAAGACGAGCCCGUACAACCCUUGAACAGCACUCCUCAGGACAUCUUCGACACAUGUCCUUUUGUGGCACCAGAUCCAUGGGAUCCCGAAAUUCUCAACUACAUCGAAGUGAAAUACGGAUUCUUCAACAAUUGCACAGUGAAUGAGAAAUGGGCGCCGAUCACUGAACUUCGAGACGGACGAGUUCGUAUCAUGCGAGAGGGCAGCGCACGGAAAUAUGAGUGUAGAGCAAGAUGUGUCAAUUACUUGGACGAGGAGCAUGUAGACCUCGAUCCAUGGCGAGAAAUCAACGACCCGCAACCAUUUCAAUGUGAUUUUGUCCAGACUGAAUGCACAUCAAGACGACGAACAUUGUCAUAUAUUCACAUGCAAAUCGCGGAACUGAGUACGAAAUCGGUGCACUCUAGCAUCCAUCCAAAUGUACACAUCAUCCUUGUUGAUUCUGUCGCUUCAUCACAAGCAAUCAGAGCUCUUCCUCGUACGGUUAAUUUCCUCACAAAUGCAAUGGAAGCAGUACAAUUGCGAAAGUUUAACAAAGUCGGAGCAAACAGUCGCCCUAACGGCUUUGUGAUGCUUUUUGGAAAGACUACUGAACCAGUUAUGAGAGAAAUGGUCGACCAAGAGCCAAUUCCAGCCGAUUGGACGUACUCCACGUACUGUCGGAAGUAUCUGGAUGAGUCGCUUUACAUACCCGUGCAGUACAGGAACGCGGGUUAUAAGACAUUUGGUGCACAAGACUAUGCCUCCAGUCUAUUGAAUUUUCCCAAUUGUGAGGGUUUGGAAAAGCGCGAGUUCCAACAUUCGUACAGGCCUUUUGACCUUCUUCUUUCCACGGAUCGAAAAUUGAAGAUUGCACAUGAAGUUGCGCCAUGCUUACGAUCUCACGACAAUAUGCUCAAGUAUUUGGAAAAAUUUCUGAAUUCUUAUAAAGGUUCGUCAAAAUUCUCGCUAUCAUGGGUAACAAAACUAGCACACGAUGACACUGGGCGGCUUUACAAAGGCGACAAUGACUUAUAUAAUUUCUUUGUCAGGAACCGACAAGAGCUCGACAAUUCUUUCGUGUUCUUUUUAGGCGAUCAUGGACCUCGCUUUGGAAAGGAAACUAAGACAACUUUUGGAAGGAAUGAGGCAAAUAAUCCGUUUUUGUACAUGACCGUCCCAAAAACGUUGCGAAAUACGGAACUGUUUACAACUCUGAAGCAGAAGGAGUACGAGCUCAUCACUCCGCAUGACAUCCAUGCUACGCUCAAGGAUAUCCUCGAGGAGCAGCCUUUUUCGAACUUUGCCGAUACUCUCUACAAGUCAUUUCUACCUGCAAGCAGAGGCUCAUCACUUCUGCGAGAGUUUGAACGAGGAGUGGUACGAAAUUGCAAGACGCUCCCCAUACCGUUCCAGUACUGCAUCUGUCAAUACGCAAAAGUGCCUCUCGACGAUGACGCACUCGCUAUCAAACUAGGACAGUUUGGUGUGGACGGUAUCAAUGAUAUUCUGAAAAAGAACAACAUGUCGGAAAAUUGCACUCACCUCAUCCUUCACCAGGUCCACUCAGUAUCCCGGUACGUCCUUCCCGAAGAACAAAUGCGAACAACAGCUAUUUACGACGUCACAUUCCAGGUUUCUCCAUCUGCAGGCUUGUUCCAGAUCCCAAUACGCUCGAAAAAUGGUGUGUUUAUGCUCGGAGGUUCUACAUUCACUCGCCUCAACGAAUACGGAAAGCAAUCGGUGUGCGUAGCGAAAGACACACUGAAACCGUUAUGUUACUGCAAAAAUCAACGAAUUGAGAGCAGUGCUUAGGUGCUAUCGGUUAACAAAUACGGGUUCAUGUAGUGACUUAUUCGUAGAACUGUAUGGAAUCGAUCUUAGUCAUUCCUGGGUGCUUUUUAUUUGUCGAUGUCAUCGCUUACUAUUUGUAUAAUUCUGUGACAUUUUUUGACUCAGUGAUGUAAUCAAAAUUGCCACUCACUAUAUCCUUAGGAACCCACUUUUUACUGCUGGUUUACACGAUUCGAUGGUGCCUUCAUAUUAUUCAUCUGACCGUGUGUACAUAGUUGAUCUCAUUCUUUGGCUCACAUUUUGUUAUGUUUC